AUGGUAACUCCUAAAAAAUUCAAUGCUUUGAUUGUAGGUGAUGACUCCACUAAUAGAGCCAUCAAUAAAAAAUAUUUAGGUAAAAAUGGAUUUGAAAUUGGAGUAGCUAAAAACGGGCAAGAAGCUGUAGAGUAUUUUCAAGUGGGUUACAGAUUUGAUUUAGUGUUGAUGGACAUGGAAAUGCCUGUUAUGGAUGGUCUUCAGGCAACCGGGGAAAUCCGAGCUUUGGGGGUAAGGAGUUUGAUCAUUGGAAUGUCUUCAACAUCCUCACAAGUGAAGAUUCAAGAAUUUGUUAAUGCUGGUUUAGAUGCUUAUUACCCUAAGCCUAUGAACAUGGCUAAGCUUGCAGCCAUUGUUGGCAGAGCUGUUAUUGAUGAACUGCAACAGGCAGAGCUGUUAUUGAUGAACUGGAACGGGCCCUUGAGCAGUGGCAGUGGGCGUCACAGAGAGAUUAUUGAUAUGUCGGCAGUGCAUUUAUAA